GAUAGUUUGAGACACUGACACGAAUGCUUAUCUUUGUCGUUAGCUGCCUGAAAGAAACGACUUUGACAUUGUUCCAGAUCACGUGUCUGUCAAGUGAAAAAGUCCUCCUCGAUUUCAUCAGCUUUAGGUGAUACAGUAUACCGCAUCAACAGAGACGCCAACGUGAUAUUUCCCCUGCAGUUGUCAACAAAAAGUUUUACUUCGUUUGCAACUUUUUGUUUCACUUUGACAGCGAGACAGUGUCCGUGUUGGUAUUUGUAGAACAUUGUACACAAAAGAGGGAUAGUUGUGACAAAGUUCUGAGAAAUGCCAAUGGCAAUGGCCUUAAUAAUGGAAAAUGAAGAUGCCAGCAGUGUAGAUUUAAAGGAGACCCUGGAGCUGCAGUUGUCGGAGGUGGAGAUGUUGCAGAGCAUGUUCCCCAACCCAGGGGAGUUCAAGAUGGAGGACGGACCUGAAUCCCUGGAGGAAAUACAGGCUUUCCUUGACAACAAGAUCAGAGCUGAGUUCCUGGAGAGUCGCAUUGGCUUCAUCGUCAAAAUCACAGCCAAUAAGAAAACAGCUGAGCUGGUAUGUCAUCUUCCCCACGAUUACCCCCACGCAUCCCCCGAGGUCUUCCUGCGAUCCCACCACCUCAACAGAGAGUCCCACACACAACUUAACGAGGACCUCAACGAGUUCCUCACAACACUGGACCGAGGAGAAAUAUGUAUUGGUUCUCUGAUUGAGUGGUUGCAGGAAAACCUGCCUCACUACGCUCAAAUACAAGACACUCCGGUCCAGCAGGAGAAGAAGGCUCCCUCUAAAGUAGACACAGUCUUCACACGACUCUGGAUCUACAGCCACCAUAUAUUCAGUAAAUUCAAGCGUCGGGAUAUUUUAGCGUGGGCCAGCGAGCUUAAGGUGACUGGGUUUUGUAUGCCUGGUAAACCAGGUGUUAUUUGUAUCGAAGGUUUUAGUAGUGAGGUUGAUGAGUUUUGGUAUCGACUUAGACGAUUAAAUUGGAAGAAAAUUGCGAUUAAGGAGAAAGAAGAUGAAGAAAUGGGGAAGAAAAAUAUAAAAUAUUUUCGAAAAUUUUCAACUUUUGAAGAGGUUGGGUUUGAUGUCCGAGGGGGAAAAGGGAGAGAAUAUCACAUGGAUUUAGGGAAGUUUUACGAGUUUCUUGAGGAACAUAAAUGUGGGAAAGUAUUCAGUUUGUAUUUUGGUGUGGAGGGGAAGUCAGGUCCUGCUGAAUAAACUAGGGCAUUGUUAACUUUCUUCUUUAUGACAUUUGGAACUUAAUAUUCAAGGGGGCGGUGGGGUAGCCUAGUGGUAAAAGCGUUGGCUCAUCACAUGGAAGACCCGGGUUCAAUUCCCCACAUGGGUACAAUGUGUGAAGCCCAUUUCUGGUGUCUCCCGCCGUGAUAUUGCUGGAAUAUUGCUAAAAGGGGCAUUAAACCAUACUCACUCACUCACUCACUCACUCACUAUGCAAGUAUUUGUACUGUUUGGAGGACAUACAAAUACAGAAUUCUUUUGAAGAAUUUCUGCCUCUGACAGUGAUGGUCUGUACAUAUAUGUAAAUACCUUCUAUAUUACUGAUAACAGACUUAGCAAAGCCUGUACAGGAGUAUCAUGAAUUAAGAAUUGUCAUGACUACAAAUGGAAGAUUAUGUAUUUUCUUUAAAAUAUGAAAUACUAUGUGAUUUUUGUGAUGUAAAUAGCCUGUGAACCUAUGUGAUAAUCGUGAUGUAAAUAGUAAGACAUGUAUAUAGUUUGAUGAUGGCACUGUAAAUAGUAGCAAAUACUGCCUUGUGAAUAAACUUCAACUUCUU